AUGGCCAUACCGGUCAACUUACCGUUCAAUUCUGGGAUAACCUUACCAACGGCCUUGGCAGCACCGGUGGAAGAUGGGAUGAUGUUACCGGAAGCGGUUCUACCUCCUCUCCAGUCCUUGUGGGAUGGACCGUCAACGGUCUUUUGGGUGGCGGUGAUGGAGUGGACAGUGGUCAUCAAACCUUCCUCAAUGCCGAAGGUGUCGUUGAUAACCUUGGCCAAUGGAGCCAAACAGUUGGUGGUACAGGGAGGCGUUGGAAACAAUGUUCUGGCCAGCGUACUUGUCUUCGUUGACACCAACAACGAACAUUGGGGCGUCAGCAGAAGGAGCAGUGAUGACAACCUUCUUGGCACCAGCGUCAAUGUGCUUCUGGGCACCUUCGAGCUUGGUGAAGACACCAGUGGAGUCGAUGACCAACUCGACACCCUCCUUGCCCCAUGGAAUCUGGGCUGA